AAGUUUCAUCGCCGCGCAGCUCUGCAAGCGGAUUGGCGAGUGUGCGAAAACGAUCCAAUCAGAAGCGAGAUACUUCUGCGCAGGUUUGUCGCCGUCUAAGCGGAAGUCAAGGAUGUGAACGACAAAACCCCGUCAAGGGGGCAAAAAUACCAGACGAAGCCGAUUCUGUCGCUCUUAAAAAAGAUGCCUCCAUUCGGUUUGCACAGCCAGUUCAUUUAACGCUUAUUGACGUGCAUCUCCACAGCGCCAUGGCUGCCGGGCGUGGGCCAGAACCCAAGGUGAACACAGAAGGGCCGGCCUCGAACUUCGCCUAUUCUAGUAGCAGCAGGAACAUAGCGGCGGCUCAGGCUGCAGCGGCUGCUGCUGUCGCUGGCGCCCCGGGAUCCCCGGCUUCUGUAGGCUUUCACCGGGAGCCGAUGUACAAUUGGCAGGCUACAAAAAGCUCCGUGAAGGAGCGCUUCUCUUUCCUCUUCAACAACGAACUGCUUAGCGACGUGCGCUUUGUUGUCGGCAAGGGCCGUCAAGCGCAAAGGAUCCCGGCGCACAAGUUCGUGCUGGCAGCUGGCAGCGCCGUUUUCGACGCCAUGUUCAACGGGGGUAUGGCGACCACCUCGACCGAGAUUGAGCUGCCCGACGUGGAGCCCGCCGCCUUCUUGUCUCUAUUGAGGUUCCUGUAUUCAGAUGAAGUUCAUAUUGGACCAGAAACCGUUAUGACGACCCUUUACACAGCUAAAAAAUACGCCGUACCAGCCCUAGAAGUGCACUGUGUGGAGUUUCUGACCAAACAUCUGCGGGCUGAUAAUGCCUUCAUGCUGCUUACUCAGGCGAGGUUGUUCGAUGAACCUCAACUUGCCAGUCUUUGUUUGGAUACAAUAGAUAAGAGCACAGCAGAUGCAAUUAGUGCAGAGGGGUUCACGGACAUUGACUUAGACACGCUUUGUGCAGUGCUUGAAAGGGACUCGCUGGGCAUCCGGGAGAGUCGGCUCUUUGCGGCUGUUGUGCGUUGGGCUGAAGCGGAAUGUCAUAGGCAGCAACUUCCACUGACGGCAGAAAACAAACAAAAGGUUUUGGGAAAAGCCCUGUCUCUCAUUCGGUUUCCACUUAUGACUAUUGAGGAAUUUGCAGCAGGGCCUGCCCAGUCCGGAAUUUUGUUUGAUCGGGAGGUGGUAAAUCUCUUUUUACACUUUACAGUAAACCCCAAACCAAGGGUUGACUACAUAGACAAGCCACGUUGCUGUCUCAGGGGGAAAGAAUGCAGCAUUAAUAGAUUCCAGCAAGUAGAGAGUCGCUGGGGCUACAGUGGAACCAGUGACCGAAUAAGGUUUACUGUCACUAAGAAAAUAUUCAUAGUUGGCUUUGGGCUGUAUGGCUCUAUCCACGGGCCAACUGAUUAUCAAGUCAACAUACAGAUAAUUGAAAGUGAUAAAAACCAGACCUUGGGACAAAACGACACAGGAUUUAGUUGUGAUGGCACUGCCAACACCUUCAGGGUCAUGUUUAAAGAGCCCAUAGAAAUACUUCCAAAUAUCAGCUACACAGCUUGUGCAACCCUCAAGGGUCCUGAUUCACAUUAUGGAACCAAAGGACUAAAGAAAGUCAUCCAUGAAUCAGCAGCGGGAACCAAGACUUGCUUUUUCUUCUUUAGUUCACCAGGGAAUAACAAUGGCACUUCAGUUGAGGACGGACAAAUCCCAGAAAUCAUCUUCUACACAUAGACUGGACUGCUGUCUUGGCCAUUUUAUAUUCUUACAAAAGUGAAUAUGCUGUAUGCUAAGAAAAUUACACCAGUGACAACAGUGCAGAAUUAUUAAAAUAAAUCCAUGGAAUGCAACCAAAAUAACUGCCACUGAUGAUGAAUCAUUUAAAGGAGCAUGUCCGAAAAGUGGAUUUCCAUUGACGUCUCGCAUAAUUUCAGUUUAUCAGCUCAUUUAAAAAAUAAUGGUUUUGUUUCAACUUUGUGAACGAUUUAAGCAAACAGGCACAGUGUAUUUAAAGAGACAAUAGUUUUGAGAUACUCCUGCAUUACCUCCGUAGGUGGUAUUCACAUGUGGACGUUUUUUUUUUUUUUGUUUUCUGCCUUGGUAAAUUGUAAAUAUAGUGCCAUUUCAAGAGUGCAGGCCUUUGCCUGCCGACUAAUUGCUUCAAUAGAUCUGUUUUGUUUAACUUGUCAGUGCAUAACAAAUUAUACA